GACUGCUACCUAAUCAGUUUCCUCAGUAGAUAUUUCACGCCCCCUGAAGGUCAGUCGUGCUAAAUUAGAUAUCAUUGUUUCUGGCUUUUAACAAGAAAACCGUUUAUUGUCCCCUACUCUGCAGAUGUCCUCCGCACAAAAGUUUCAGCAGCACCCUGCUUUCGUCCAGGCGCAGAACAAGGCGAAUUAUUACUUUCAACAGCUUGACAAAGAACUCACCAAGUAUCCAGUGUUGAACACAUUUGAGCAGCGAACUCAGGUUCCAAAGACCUAUUUCGUCAUCUCCACAGUUUUGCUCCUCACCCUUUUCCACUUUGUCAACCCUCUUGCCGCACCUGUUUCUAACCUCGUUGGAUGGGCCCUUCCGUGUUACCUCUCCUUCAAGGCGCUGGAAAGUCCCGGGCAUCAGGAUGAUGUUCAGUGGCUCACGUAUUGGGUUGUUUUCGGGUUCUUCAACUUCCUCGAGAGCAUUGCACUUAGAAUGGUUCUCUACUACUUCCCGUGGUACUUUGCAUUCAAGACGGUGUUCGUCCUCUGGCUGCAACUCCCGAACUUCCGCGGCGCACAAACGACUUAUACCGUUUUGUUGAAGCCUGUCAUGUCAAACUUGUCCGGCUCGCGCGCUGUAGCGCCGACCGACACAGUGACAGCUGAGGGUCUCCGCGACCGUGUUGCCAGCGCUAAUUCAGAGUGAUUUGGACAUGCCCCCGCCCUAUCUUCGGCUCUCGUUUCGGUCUGUGUAGUUCGGCUUGGAUGGUCAUAGACACUAUCAUACGCCUCCUUUCCAUUAUCCAUGCUUCUGCUCAGGUCUGAGGAGUAAUUCGUUUCACGUUUCGAUAUGUACUACUUCACGUAUCUCCAAACCGUUAUUGAGCUUUUUACGCCACAUCACAAAGGCGUCACGAUACGUGGAGGAAUCGUGGCCGUUGCGCCCUCAUUGGAUGUUAAUUCUGUCAUUGAUGGAAAUCGCCGUGUCUCAAAUCUCAGUGCUCGGAACCG